GGUUUGCGCAUGCGCCAUUUCGCACUGCGGCCAUCUUGUGCUGACGGUCUCGCUUGCAUUGUUUCAGGCCGGGUUGGUGGGGGCCGGCGAAAGUGUGAGGAAAACAGAGAAAGUGAAGCCAGAAAGAGAAAUAUCGGACGUUCUGCCGCCUCGCCCCCCUACCCAAGAAUAAACCAAGCCCCCUUUUUCUUCUUUUCUUUUUGUAACCGGGCUACCCUUCGGGGCCCAGGACAGAGCGGGGCCCAGAGCUUGGAACCAUGGAGGAAGAUCUUCCCAGAACGCUGUAUGUGGGAAAUCUCUCUAGGGAUGUGACAGAACCUUUGAUUCUUCAGGUGUUUAGCCAACUCGGUCCAUGCAAAAGCUGCAAGAUGAUUAUGGAUACUGCUGGAAAUGAUCCCUACUGCUUUGUAGAGUUCUUUGAGCACCGACAUGCAGCUGCAUCUUUAGCAGCUAUGAAUGGCCGAAAGAUAAUGGGCAAGGAAGUAAAAGUCAACUGGGCCACUACGCCAAGCAGCCAGAAAAAGGAUGCAAAUAGUAGUUCCGUUGUCAGCACACUGCGUUCUCAAGAUCAUUUCCAUGUCUUUGUUGGUGACUUGAGCCCAGAGAUCACGACUGAUGAUAUAAAAGCUGCUUUUGCACCAUUUGGGAGAAUAUCAGAUGCCCGUGUGGUUAAAGAUAUGACAACUGGAAAAUCCAAGGGUUAUGGAUUCGUGUCCUUCUUUAAUAAAUGGGAUGCAGAAAAUGCCAUUGCACAGAUGGGAGGCCAGUGGCUUGGGGGUCGACAGAUUAGAACUAACUGGGCCACAAGAAAACCUCCAGCGCCAAAGAGCACCUAUGAAUCCAACACAAAGCAGUUAACUUAUGAGGAAGUUGUCAACCAGUCAAGUCCCAGUAAUUGUACUGUGUACUGUGGCGGCGUCACAAGUGGACUAACUGAACAACUCAUGCGACAAACCUUUUCACCUUUUGGUCAAAUAAUGGAAGUCAGAGUCUUUCCAGAUAAAGGCUACUCCUUUGUACGGUUUAGUUCCCAUGAAAGCGCAGCUCAUGCUAUUGUCAGUGUCAAUGGAACUACUAUUGAAGGGCAUGUGGUAAAGUGUUACUGGGGAAAGGAGACCCCAGAUAUGCUAAAUCCUGUUCAGCAGGUAAGCGAGGCAAGCCAAAUUAGCUUUCCCCCACCAUAUGGCCAGUGGGGUCAGUGGUACGGUGGGGCUCAACAAAUAGGCCAGUAUGUGCCCAAUGGCUGGCAAAUGCCAGCAUAUGGGGUGUAUGGACAGGCAUGGAGUCAGCAGGGAUAUAGUCAAACGCCAUCGUCUGCUGCCACAUGGGUGGGACCAAAUUACGGGGUGCAACCUCAGCCUGGCCAGAAUGGGACUCUGAUCACGAACCAAACUGGCUAUCGAAUGGCUGGAUACCAAACCCAAUGAGAGGAAGGACUCCCAGCCGCACCGGCAGCCUAAUGCUGGCCCCUUUGUUUACUUUGAUACUAUUAUAAAAUUACAUCAAUACAGAUGUCAAAUACAGUAUAUUUAUUAAAACAACAAAAAUCCAACCAUUUAUUUUUAAUCAUGAAAUUUUCAUCCAUUUGGUUGAAAACAAAACACAUACUAGAAUGCUGGAUGUUUGCCAAUUUUUGCCUUCCAUUUUUUUUUUUUUUUUAAUUUUUUUUUUUUUAUAUAUUUGUAAGUUACUUAACCCUGUGUCAUGAAGAUAACAGUCAAAUCUUUUCGGCAGUAAAAAGGGUUAAGUUCCUUUAUUUGAAAUAAUAAAAACAAUGCAGGGAUCACUGCCACUUUGGGCAGAAAUUGCACAAAAAACUUUUUUUUUUGUUUUGUUUUUCACUGAAGUAGUGUGCAGUUUUAGAUUGCAUUCCUAAUGAUAUGAGAUGUAUUAUAAAGUCGAAUUGUACAAAAUUUUUGAUGUUUAAGGUUUAAAUUUUUUUCCCCUCCAUUUAAAGUCUUCACUGGGGGGGAGGGGGACAAUUUUUUCAGAUUGUACCCACUGCUUAACAUUCUUUAGUUCUCAAAGGUUUUUUUUUGGUUUACAUUUAUUUGUACGUACACAUUUUAAAACAGCGUUUUGCCUUACAGCAAUGUAGCAUAAAUGGACUGUAUCCCUGAUUCCCUCCAGCGCUAAAAGUUACAUCAGAAAAAUGUGACUUGAUCUGAGCCUGUAUGUUAGAUAUUGUAUUUCAUUUGUUUUUGUUCCUUCCCCCCCCCUCUUUUCAGAAAGGUGCCUAUGAACAAAAUCCUGGCUGGAGUCUUUUCUGAAAGAUUUUUAUCUUCUGUGAAAAAUAAGAAAAAAAAGAAAAUGAUAAAAUUCCUUAAACAGUGAUAAAUGUGAUAUUUUUUUCCCGUUUAUAUGCACUAGACUUUUUUUUUUUUUUUUUAAUACUUUCAAAAGUCAGGAAAUCUUCUUGCAGUUGUUUUAAUGUGCAUACAACUCAAUUAACCUUCAACAAGCCAGUGUUUUUAUGGCUGUUUUUUUAAGAAUUUGGUGCAAGCUGGUUGUUUAAUGACUGUCUAAAAAAAAUCUCUAUCUGUUGGCCUGAUCGGAAUCUCAAAAUAGCUUGCUUAUUUGGGGGUUCAUCUGCCUAACUGGACAGUUUAUUGCACUGCUCAGAGUUAUGUUAACAGGGAACAAUCCUAAAAAGGAAAAAUAAAAAUACUUGCACCUUUAAAA